AUUGGUGAAUUUUCUCUCUUAGAACUGGCAGAAGUGGAAGAGUUCCGCGCGUACGUCCGAUACGCGAGUAUAGUCACGAGGAAGGAGUCCAGGGAUACCUUGCAGAGCAUCGUCGACGACCCCGUUCUCUCCGAGCGCCUGGACACUGCAGGGCACGGGUUCCGGCUAGCUGUGAAGUACUACCUGCCGAAGUUACUGCUGGCUCCCGUCGGUCACGUCUUCCUCUACCACAAUUACGUGCUGGCGUUACUGCAGAUCGCACCCGCCUCCGAGGACAGGGAGAGCUUUAAACAGGUGGAAUGCAAUCUACAUCCGAUAAAGAAAUCACUCAUGAAGGCAUUAGGAAAUGGACCAAAGAUGGAAGCCACCCUGCCGAUGGCUAGUCGCGCGCGGCGGCAGCAGGCCAUCGAGAAGUGCGGCGAGCUGGCCAAACUGGUGGAGAAUUGGGACAACCGAGAUAUAGGCCAGUGCUGCAACGAAUUCAUCAGAGAGGACACGUUAUCGAAAAUCGGUCCCGGCAAGCGGAUAGCAGAACGACGGGCGUAUCUGUUCGACGGGCUGUUGUUGCUCUGCAAACCUAUCACUGGUUUGGUGACGGUGAACGCCAGCGCCGGGUCCGUGGGCGGCGUGCAGCUGAAGCUGAAGGAGAAGCUGCACGUGCGCAAGCUGGAGCUGGUGGACCGCGCCGACGGCGAGGAGGGCCGCCACCUGCUGGAGCUGUGUCCGCGCGUGGGCCCGCCCGUGCUGCUGGCGUGCGCGUCGUGCGCCGAGAAGCGCAACUGGAUGUGCGACCUGGUCAUGCUCAACACCAAGCCCAUGCUGGACCGCAGCCUGGACAGCAUCCUGCUGGACCUGGAGCGGCGCCACCCGCUGAAGCUGCCGCCGGCGCGCCUGUACCGCUUCGCCGUGCCCGACUCGCCGGACAACAUCGUGCUGGAGGAGCGGCAGCACGCCAACGCCGGCGCGCCGCUCAUCAAGGGCGCAACACUCCUAAAACUAGUAGAAAGACUAACUUAUCAUAUAUAUGCCGAUUUGAACCUCGUGCGAACGUUCCUAACCACGUAUCGCUCGUUCUGUUCGCCUGGCGAACUGCUCGACUUGCUCAUCGAGCGGUUCAACAUUCCGGAACCGAGCGAGGUCUACGACGCGCCAAGACAGACUGAUAGUAUAGAGAGCUUAGCGAGUACGGAUUCAGAGAAAUUAAGCAAAAACACGACCAGAGAAGACUGGAAGCGGUAUAGGAAAGAAUUUCAACAGCCAGUUAAAUUCAGGGUGAUCAACGUGCUGCGGCACUGGGUGGACCAGCACUUCUACGACUUCGAGCGCGAGCCGGCGCUGCUGGCGCGGCUGCGCGCCUUCCUGGAGGGCGUGGACGGCAAGCCCAUGCGCAAGUGGGUGCAGAGCGUGCUGAAGACGCUGCAGCGGCGCGUGGGCGACGACGAGGCCGGGGCCGCCGGGGCCGUGGCGCACGUGUUCGACCGCCUGCCGCCCGCCGUGCUGCGCCACGUGCACGAGCCCGAGCGGCACCGCUGGCACCCGCUGGCGCUGCACCCGCUGGAGCUGGCGCGCCAGCUCACGCUGCUGGAGUUCCAGCUCUACCGGCAGGUGAAACCUUCGGAGCUGGUGGGCGCGGUGUGGACGAAGGAAGACAAGGAGAAAUCCAGUCCCAAUUUGCUCAAGAUCAUUAAACACACCACUAAUUUCACCCGGUGGAUGGAGAAAUGGAUUGUUGAAAGCGAAAACCAGGAUGAGCGAAUUGCUGUGGUGUCCAGAUUUCUGGAUGUCGCUAUCGCGUUGAGAGACUUGAACAACUUUAACGGCGUGCUGGCCGUCGUGGCCGCCUGCGGCAGUGCCUCGGUGCACCGCUUGAAGACCACGUUUUCGCUCGUCUCCGUACGCCAUUUGAAGGCAUUGGAAGAGUUCCGGGAAUUGAAUAACGACCACUUUCGAAGGUAUCAGGAGAGGCUGCGGUCCAUCAACCCGCCUUGCGUGCCCUUCUUCGGCAUGUACCUCACCAACAUUCUGCACAUCGAGGUCGGCAACCAGGACUAUCUACCGAACUCGGAACUGAUCAACUUCUCGAAGCGACGGAAAGUUGCCGAGAUCACUGGAGAAAUCCAGCAAUACCAGAACCAGCCAUAUUGCCUUACCGUCGAACCUAAGACCAGAGCAUUCCUGGAGUCGCUGGAUCCGUUCCCCGGCAUGGACGAGAAGGAGAUCGCCGACUACCUCUACCUCAAAAGCAACGAGAUUGAACCACGGAACCAAGUCAAGCCGAUGCCUAAAUUCCCACGCAAAUACCCGGAGCUGUCGCUGAAGCCCGUGAAGGUGUCCCGUCGCCACCACGACUCCUCGCACCACUCCACGGCCAACAACGACGACACCAUCAGUAUCAGUACGGCGUCGCAACUGUCGCCCACCAGCGGCUUCGGUUCCUGGGACGGGCAGUCCGUGGCCUCACUUCCUGUACACCACGACGAGCACAGAGGGUCCGUGAGGAGCGAGGAGCGCGUGUGCGUGGUGAGCCCCGUGCGCAUGGAGAAGGGCAACGCCUUCAGCCUCAUCGACAUGGGGCUGGCGCUCUUCGACAAGUCCAAGUCCACGGCCUCGCUCGCCGCCAAGAACUCGACAAAGGACGAGCCUCCAUCACCGCGAGACCGACAUUCUCCGAAACAUGAAAAGGCAUCCGGGUGCCUGGGCAAGCCGCUGGUCCCGCGCAACCCCAUCGUGGAGUCGGAGUGCUACUGCGGCACGGUCGACCACCUCAACUCCUGGCGGCACGACCACAGCCGGCAAAGCGACCAGGCGCCGGCGCAGGAGCGAGUGCCUCCCUUGCUGCCGCGCACCAGUGCAACGGAAGCUGACAAACCGCCGCUGGUGCCGCCGCGGGACUCCACGCUCACCAAUUCCAUGGCGAGCAGUUCGCCGCCGUCGCCGCCCGACCGGCCGCUACCCAGCCCCAAGCACCACGACCUCGCUAGAAUGCCAACGACGCCGAAGCGGUCGCCGGCGCCGAAUCCGCCUGCCAGUCCGCUGGUCCAAGCCGCUGACAGGUCCAGUCAGUCGGCCUUCCACUUCCCCACGUCGCCGCCCGCGCCGCCCCUCACGCCGCAUCCGCCGCACCUUCCGCAGACAGGCAGCGCGUGCGGUACUCCGCCGCCAUUGCCGCCUCGGAGACGGAAAGACUCUGUGGCCCCUCCCACGCCGCACAACCAGCCAACGUCGACGUCGGUGUCCCCCCUGGCGCCCCCCGCGGCCCCCUUGGCGCCCCCUCCGCUGCCCCCGCGGCCUCCGCCGGCGCCCGAGCUGCUGCGCCCCGCGCACUCCACCAUCCUGCAGAGGAGGGGGAGGCACACCAACACCUCGAACAACUCCACCACUGCCCCCCGCCUCCCUCCCAAGCCGCCCCCGGCCAUCGCGCCGCGCCCCUAGCAGUCGCAGCGGGGGGCGAGUACCCCCCCAGGCCCCGUGGUGUCCCCUACGGGGCCCUUGGUCUGCAAUGUGCGCACGCGUCGCAUCGAUGACGAAACUAUCGAGAUACAUUACACUUGUGAUACUCUAUAGAUUGUAUUUAAUUAU